AUGACUCUGAUCAACGGUGUUGACUACUCUGUAGUCAACCCAGAGAACAAAUGGAAGAUUUUAAAAUCGCAGUCGAGAUUUGCUCUCUGGGCCCUCUUGAUCUCAUCCGGCGUUGUCAUGCAGGGUUUCGAUAUCGUGGCUGGCGGUCAGCUUGCCGCCCUGCCUGCGUUCAGAGAGAAGUUUGGUGUACAUCAGUCUGACGGGACCUACCUCAUCCCGGCUCACUACCUCUCUGCCUGGAACUCCAUCGCUCCAGCAACCGAAAUAGUUUCAGCAUUCAUCUUCGCGCCUCUUUUAGAUCGAUUCGGCCGAAAAUGGGGUAUAUUGGCUGCAUCGCUCAUUUCGGUGGCGGGAGUACUUCUACAGCAACUUGCCCCUGAUUGGAAAGUCCACCUUGCCGGCCGAGGCGUGAACGGCAUCGCAAUCGGCUUGAUGUUCACAAUUUCGCCACUCUGGAUCGGAGAGACGUGUCGCCCAGAAUUACGCGGCUUCUUUCUGUGCUUCUUCAACACGAGCAUCGUCUUUGGCCAAUUUGCCAUAGUCAUCGUCAGCCAAGGCAGCAGCCACAUCUCUGGGAGGUGGCAAUGGUGGCUCCCAGUCGUUGCCAUGUAUUUUUUUCCGGUGCUACUAACUAUUUCGUGGCCGUUCUUUCCCGAGUCACCUUACUGGCUUGUUCGCCGCUGCCGCACGACCGAUGCAAAGCGAGCACUUCGCCGCAUCUACGGCUUUCAAGAAACCGAAUACUACGAUAUCGAAGUGGCGCGGUUGGAAGAAGAGAUACGAAUUACGAACGAUCUCCAUGGAGACGUGGAUUCGACACCUCCUCAUCGGUUCCUAGGCAUAAACGUACAGUUCGAAGUGGAAUGCUUCAACGCCACGAACCGGAAGCGCACCUUUACCGCCAUCUUUGCUGCUUCCGCCCAGCAAAUGAUUGGGGCCACGUUUGUAAUUGGAUACGCAACAUACUUCUUCGAGCUGAUUGGCAUCAAAGAUUACUUUGGAGCCUCCAUCGCCCUAUACGUGGUUAUGCUCGUCGCGAGCUGCGCCGCCUUUCCCCUGACCGAGAUAUACGGCCGUCGGUUCUUGAUCGUUGGCCCACAGUUUGUGCUGUGCUUCAUGCUGCUCAUCAUCGGGAUCCUUGGAUGUGUCCCUAAUAAGAGUCGAGCAAGCUGGGGCAUAGUCGGCAUACUUUAUGUUUGGGCACUGAUAUAUCAGCUUUCGAUUGGGGCAACAGGAUUUGUCUUGGCCUCGGAAAUUGCCACCAUGCGUCUAAGAGCAGCAACUCAGGGACUAAUCACCAUCACUAACUCGGUAUGGGGGUUGAUCAUGCAGUUCACGGUUCCUUACAUGAUCAACCCAGACGCUGGUGACUUGGGCGGGAAGGUUGGCUUCAUUUUUCUGGGGACGGGCUUAAUCGCAAGUGUUGGGGGUUGGUACCUGUUUCCUGAAACCAAGGGCCUUGCUUUCGAAAAGCUUGAUGAGCUUUACGCGAUGAAGGUAUCUCCGAGGCACUUCAAGCAAGCCAAUGAGCUUCCCGAGGUCAGAUCCUCUCUGGCAGGGCCAGGCAAGGCUAAGGAAGAGGAUGUUAACGUAGAGCAUGUCUAG